AUGGCUUUCCUGCACGCGGCUCUCUGCCUGGCCCUGCUGGCGGGCGCCUACGGCUGUGGGGUCCCCGCAAUCAAACCAGUCGUGAACAGCUUGCAGCGAGUCGUCAAUGGGGAGAACGCGGUGCCCGGCUCCUGGCCUUGGCAAGUGUCCCUGCAGGACAGAAACGGCUUCCACUUCUGCGGUGGCUCCCUGAUCAACCAGGACUGGGUGGUGACGGCUGCCCACUGCGAAGUCAGAGCCGGGACUGACGUUGCCGUCCUUGGGGAAUACGACAGGAGCUCCAGAGCUGAGACUAUCCAGGUCAAAUCCAUUGCCAGGGCCAUCACCCACCCCUACUGGAACGCCAACACCAUGAACAACGACAUUGCCCUGCUGAAGCUCGCCUCCCCCGCCCAGCUGGGCGCCCGCGUGUCCCCCGUCUGCCUGGCCACAGCCAGCGAGUCGCUGGCCUCCAACCCCACCUGCAUCACCACCGGCUGGGGGCGGACCAGCGGCACCGCGAGCGGUGGGGCCGUCCGGCUGCAGCAGGUGGCCCUGCCCCUGGUCACGGUGAGCCAGUGCCAGCAAUACUGGGGCAGCAGGAUCACCAGCUCCAUGAUCUGUGCUGGGGGGGCCGGCGCCUCCUCCUGCCAGGGGGACUCGGGCGGCCCCCUCGUGUACCUGAAAGGGGGGGCCUGGACCCUGAUCGGGAUCGUCUCCUGGGGAACUAGCAACUGCAACGUCCGGACGCCCGCCAUGUAUGGCCGAGUCAGCGCCUUCCGCACCUGGAUCGACAGCGUCCUGGCCUCCAACUAGCGCCUGGCUGGCAGAGACGCUGCUGUGGAGUGCCAGGGAGAGUGGGCAGUGCUGGCCUGGGCAGCUGCUCGGGGCCCAGGGCUGAGAGCCCGGCACUUCCCCCUGCCAGCCCUGUACAAAGGAAUAAAGGGCCUGUCUGUGCAGCCGGUGUUUUGUCCAGCUCCUCUGUGCUCAGCCCCUGCAGCGCCGGGCCCUGGAUGUAACCCUGGAUGGGCUGAACCCAGCUGUAGGUCUGGCCCUAACUGCUAAACCACCAGAUUCGGCUCUGUCCAUUCAGGUCUCCAGGCCUCUGCUCCAUGCUGCUUCCCAGCUGCCCCCUCUGCUCAGCCCUCCCAGGGUGUGUGCAGCCCAGAGCCUGCGGCGGGGAUGGGCCAACCAAGGCAGGCAAGCGUGGCAGCAUCACAGAGCUGGGGGAGCAGAAAGGGAAUUUCCCCAGGAUUCCUUCCCCAGGUCCAGCCACAACCGUCUCUCCCCUCCUCUCCCCAUUCCCAUGCACCUGAGUGUGCCCAGGGCUGUCUGUUCCCAAGCUGUGCCAGAGGCCAGCUCAGAGCAGGGCCUGACGGGGUCUAACUGGGCUGGGCAGAUUUCAGUUACUGGUUUAUAAUUCUGAUGGAUAACAUUGACGUUUCAGCAUUUUUUUAUUUUGAUCUAUUUAAAUGUUCACAGCUGCAGAAAAUGAGGGGGGAAGGGGCGAGUCAGACAGUGCAGGGGUCAGACAACAAUUAUUUAGUGACAGUGGAUGUUGAGAUUCCCCCAGUUAAAGUAUUAAUGCCGUUAUGAGACAAUCCGUCGACAUCCCAGAAUAUACACAGUAAAGACCCUUCGAUCAAACUCAAAGAAGAACUUCAGCAGCGUUGUUCUUCCUUUGCCGAUCGGUGCAUUUCAGUGCUUAUCGAGGGAAAUGUUUUUCAUUGGGAGGGGG